UCGUCAGAGCAGCUCGUACGCGUUAGGUCAGUUCAGGUCGUCGUCGUCGUCGCGGCCACACUUUAGUUUCGCAGUGCACCUCGUGGUAAUCGGACCGGUUUCAACUCGCGAUCGUCGUAUUGUGUCUGCGCGUGUUUAGCUUGGAUUUGUGGUGAAGGUGGUGAAGUGUGAGGCAAGCGGUAACUUUGCACAAGCCUCGUAGCUGAUCGGAAUACCAACAACAACAAAAAUGAAGUUCUUCGCGUCCAUCGUGGCGCUGCUGCUGUCCGCGGCCGUCGCCGCCAACGGCCAGUGCCUGGCCGAGGACGACAACGUGCAGCACAGCAAGGCGGACAACCCGCUGGCCCGAACCCGGCUCUACAAGGGCGAGUCCAUCUUCACGCUGAAGCUGCUGGAGGCCAUCAACGCGGCCACGCCGUCGGAGAAUGUGUUCUUCUCGCCGUACAGCCUGUACCACGUGCUGCUGCUGAUGUACUUUGGCGCCAAGUCCGACACCGAGCAGACGCUGAGGAAGGGCUUGGAGUUGCACUGGACCGAGGACAAACCGGUGGUGUGGCAGGCUUACAAUGUGGGGAAGAAGGCGCUGGCGAUGCGGUUCGGGCAGAACAAGGCGGACGAGAUCCAGUUUGUGUCCGUUGAUAAGCUGUUCUUCGGCAAGCAGAUCCCGGUCGAGGAGUGCAUGGAGGACAAGUUCUUCGAGGAGAUUGAAAAGCUGGACUUUGAGAAGGAUCCGGAAUCGCAGCGGCUGUACAUUAACAACUGGGUGGAGAACACGACGCACGGGGAGAUUACGGACCUGCUGAUUCCGGGCUCGAUCACGAAGAACACCAAGCUGGCGAUCGCCAAUGCUGCCUACUUCAAGGGAACCUGGCAGAGCAAAUUCAAGCCCGAGGAGACCAAGAAAGAGAUCUUUUACGUUUCGAACGAGCGCCAGGAAUUUGUCGACAUGAUGCACGUCGAGGGAACCUUCAACCACGCCGCCAACGAGAAGCUCGGCUGCCACAUCUUGGAGCUGCCCUACACCGGUCAGGACGAAGCGUCCCGCGUUUCGAUGUUCGUGUUCCUACCCCCCACCGAAUCCAACGCACUGGACAAACUCCUAGCCCGCCUGACCUCGUCGCCAGACAUCCUCUCCGAGGUCGUCAACGAGGGCAUCUCCCGUCGUGUCGACGUCAAGCUGCCCAAGUUCAGCAUCGAAAAGACCGUCGACAUGAAGACCGUCCUCGGCCGACUGGGCAUGGGCAAGCUGUUCGAAAAUUCGGCCGACUUCUCCGGCUUCUCGAAGAAAACCCAGAUCGGCUUCGACGAGGUGCUGCAAAAGUCCAAGAUCACCGUCAACGAGGAGGGCGCGACGGCGGCGUCCGCGACGGUCGCGUUCAGCUUCCGGUCGUCGCGACCCGCCGAUCCGGCCAUGUUCCACUGCAACCAUCCGUUCAUCUUCGUCAUCUACGACUACGCUACGCAGGCCGUGCUGUUCAACGGAGUGUACCGUCAGCCGGAGUGAUUUUUUUCGUUUCUUUUGCCUGUGCUAGCUUGUAAGAGUGCUUGAUCUGUUUUUUUAAAUGUCGAAAACUCCCUACUUAAAACAAACUGAACCAAAUCCAGAUCUAUUUAUUGAUUGAUUGAUUGUAAGGGUGAAGAGGCAUUUCAGAAGCGAUCUAGAAUUAAUUGUGAUUUUUAAGUUUCCCUAAGACACGAACAAAUAAAAUUUUAACGAGACUAAAACCAA